GUGAGUGGUGGCUGGUGGUGGUGUUGGCUGGAGGCGGCGGCGUUGGUCCCUGCUCGCUCCCCUGCACAUUAAUGUCGUUUCUUUAUGAAAGUGGAAAGUGACCUAUGAGUGUUAGGGGCAUCUGUUUACAGAUAUGAGCGACCCCGUGGAGAAAAUGUUGAACCAAGCAGCUCUAGAAGCAUUAUACUCAGCUACUUACGUUGAUAAUUUUCUCGACACCGUGGAGAAUCUACCGGAUGAAGUUCAGAGAGAGAUAUCCAGCAUGAGGGAACUGGACGUACGUUAUCAAGCCCUCCUACAAGACAUGGAAGGCCUUCGUGGACAGCUCGAGGGAGAACUGGACUCUAUAUCACUUAAACGUAUAAUGGUUCAGAUUCAGGAUAAACUUAUUUCAACACAGGAAAUUGGAGAUGACAAACUACAAAUUGUACAGCACAUUCUUGACAUCAUUGAAAACAGGCAGAGGCAACUUGAAUUAGAUUGCAAAAACUUAGACUUUGGACAAGAACCAGAAAAGCCUGAAACUUCAAAAGAAGUUCAGCCAGAGAGAGCCAGCAAGAGGGCACGCCGCACGAGGAAUGAUCAUGCUACGAAUCAUAAUGAAAACUCCAAUGAUGCUCCUAUAACACCCCAUGUUGAGAAGGCGGCAACAAAUAAGGGUUCUACUCAAAAAAAGACUACGAAAAAGAAGAAACGGAAGGCAAGAGUCGAGAGAGAACGAGAAGAUUCUCCAACUGAAAUUCCCAUUGACCCAGAUGAGCCGACUUAUUGUCUUUGUGAACAGGUUUCAUAUGGAGAAAUGAUUGGCUGUGAUAAUGAUUUGUGUCCAAUUGAAUGGUUCCAUUUCUCAUGUGUGGGACUGACCAACAAGCCAAAGGGAAAAUGGUUCUGCCCAAAGUGUAGGGGGGAUAAGCCCACUGUAAUGAAGCCUCGAGCUCAGUUCUUAAAGGAGCUAGAGAAGUACAAUAAAGAGAAAGAGGAAAAGUCCUAAGUCACUGGCAUAUGAUAAAAUGUGUGGUUGUUUAUGACUCUGUACAUAAGAAUGAUUUUAGAAAGAUUUUAUGUAUAUUUCAGAAAGUGAUAUAUAGUCUCAUAAUAUGGUGGCAUCUCUAUGCCUAUUACACAUUCACAGUGGUUCUAUCUCAUGUUCAGCUGUAUCUUAUUUCAUAUAGAAGAAAAACACUUCCCUCCAUCUUUGUGAUUGAUGGAUUAUUUUAGUCGUUUAGGCCAAUGGUAGCUCAGAUACGGUACCAUAUAAGAUGUGUCACUGCUUUAAGUAUCUUUUCCCACUUCGUGUAGGUUUGAUAAUUUACUACAGUACAGUAUGUAGUUCUCAUGACUUUCCCAGUUACAGUCUGAUCUCAUCUUCUUAUAUAUAAUUUAAACUAAUACAGUACAGGUAUACCAAUGUUCUAACUCCUUGUAUAAUUUAUGGUAUACUUAAAUUCUUAAAUCUCAGAUUUUGAUAAUGUAACAUUUUCUAAUUUAUCUUAAGGUAAUGGUUUUAACUUUAUCUCUGAAUGUUUCCAUCUACCAUAGACAUUUACUGCAAAUAUGAAUUUUCACUGUCUAAUGGUUACCAGUAAAACAUGUUUUGUUGAUGUAUUUUUCACAAAAAUUUUUCUGUAAAUUGGUAUUGUUGUUAUAUGCACUUACUGUUGUUAUAAGGAUUGAUAAGAAAUUUUAUGCACAUGAACUUCAUAUUGGAAAUUGAGCUUAUUGAAGGUAAUUGCCGAGUGAUAAGUAAGCAAAGGUAUUGGAUAAUAGUGUUAGUAUCUUUAGGAGUAUAUGUAGUGUUGUACCUGAUGUCUACAAAAUGUUUCACUAAAACAGACCACACAUUGGUGUUGUUCCUGUGUAAUCUUUGGUAAAUCAUGAUGAAAAUAGUCAUUUUUUUAAAAAAUAUUAAAUAUAUCUUUGUAUAUGUCUUAAUUAGUCAGUGUUUGGUUAAUGCUGUAACCUUUAUAUUAAUCAAUUACUGGCAAAGGUACAUUAGAUAACUGGUUUUGUUUACUGUAGAAUAAUAAGUUGCAAUAGUCUCCCCUGCAAGCAAGUACAGGCAUUGCACCCGAAAGUAAUACUAUAAUCAGUUCGUUAUUCUUCUUUUUGCCUAAAUAUCUUUAGUAAAUAUAUUUUUAGCUGAUCUUCUCUAUUGAUCAAUGUUUCUUACUGCGUGUGCCGGGAGUGGGUUGGGUCGUUCAUACCUUUUCUGCAAUGACAGCAGGGACUGGUCUUACGAACGCCCUUUCCUCCCAGCCAUAUACAUUGACCUCAAUUAAGGGAAGUUAGAUGCAAAUUCACCACAUUGAGACAUGGGGUUUAAGUAUAGUAAAUGCCAAAAGGAGGCAGCAUUUGUUAGUGUGGGUGGUAUUCCAUAAUCAAAAUAGCAACAAUGCUCUACUCCAAUUUUUUUUUUACUUCAUUUGAAUACCUUGGUUAUAUGCAAUGAUUGUAUUCCCCCAAAAGGGUUUGCAUAAGCUGAAAUCACAUAAAACAAACUACUAUUUAAAUGAAGAAAAUAAGGAUAUGUUCCACAACCUAUACUGUACUGUCCCAAACCCAUUUAUACUAGUAGAGACUGGAGUACUGUACUUCCCCAACAAAUGAACACAUACUUCCCACUAUUGUCCUCUCCUGCAUGUUUGUAUUAAAUAAAAUACUUAUACUGUACAGAAUCAUAUAAAUAAUAAUUUUUAUGAAAACAAACUCAGCAGAUAUUUAAAUAUAAUCUAUACUCUUGGUAACCCAAGUGUUUGGUUCGUCUUAAACAAGUAGCACACGGCUGUACCUGAGCUUCUGUAUGGUACACACUUAAUGUUCUCUCCAUCAUCAUCAUCAUCAUCAUCAUCAUCUUUCAUUGGCACAUUUUAUUUAAAAAUUGUAACAUUUUAUAAAUUACUAUUUUCAAUAAAAAACCAUCAGAUAAUGUUUUAAGAUAUUUAAAUAUUAAUCUAUGGAAUAUUUUGCCUGGUUGUUGCUCCACAGGGUGGCGGGUUUGGACCCAUAUAAGAUUUGGUGCACACUUCAUUCAAAAUGUCAACCACAUAACAAUUUUCUCGAGCUCACAUUUGCAGGAUUGCCCUGAUGGGCAAAUUAAUGUCACAAAUAAUUAUCCACAUACUGUAUUGGCAGAUAUGCAUUUGACAAAGAACAGUUGUACUGUAUUAACAGGAUGGAAGUGGAGUAGAACACGAUUUCAUAUGCUCAGUUAUGAAAACAAAACCAAAUUUUUCUUGCAUAUGAAGAAUUUCUGGUAGAAGUAGGGUCCUUGCUUAAGACCUCACUGUACAGUACAACCCUCUAUCAUUAUACUGUAUUGAGAAGAUAAAAUUUUUUUAAUCUUACAUAAAGUGUUAAAUGCCAUAAUUAAGGAGUGCAAGGAAGGUAAUUUUUUACCACAUAGUAUUUUGUAUGUACAGUCCACUCCACUUAUAAGCCACACCAACAUGGAAUAUAAACUGUUUAUAAACUUUGUUUCUAAAACCUAUCCAUACCAACAGGUUUGGGGAUACGCGUUAAUUUUGCACCUUGGCUGACCGCCGAUUAAUUGCCUGAUUUGUGUGUUUCAGGAAAUGGGGGAGGGAUGGACCCAGCGAAGUAGCCGGUUAAGAAUUUUAAGGCUGUCAAUUUGUGUGACUUGCAAAUGGCUUGGACUGUACAGUAUAGUACCUUCAAACUUCACCUAACCAACCUAAUUGGCUGCACUACAUUGUUAAAUACCAAUACUGUCUGUAUACCAUCCUAACACAGUUGCUAAAAUGCAACAAAACCUGGAAACCUCAUCUAACCUUAACAGUUUUUGCCCACUUUAAGUUGAAAACACAACUUCUCAUUCAGUCAGUGAUAUAAAGCAAUCUUGCACCUAGUUAGUACUUAGUUGGCAGCUGCUGGAAAGCCCCCAUGGAUAAUGGCUGUAAAAUGUUGAAGAAGAAAAGGUUAACUUCAGUGCAUAGUUUUGGGUAUGGUAGAAAACAAUUCUGCCAAGAUCCAUCAUUGCAUAUUUCAGAGGCCAAAACCUAGUCCUUUUGUGUCCACAUCUAUUCUUGUUCUUAAGGCUUUCAGGGGGGGGGGAGGGUGAUGUAAUGAUUCUUGAACUGAAUGGUUUAAUGAGUACAGUAUUACUCAGAUGAAGUUUCAGAUGAAUUCAAUACAUCACAGUAAAGAGAACCUUGAAGGAGUAUGGCCUUCACCCCUUGGUUUGAUAGAUGAUUUUUGAGUCAUUCAUAUUCAACGAGAUUUAGAAAGUUUUAACUCUCAAACUGACAAAGAAAUUCUUCCACCAAAAAGCCCUUCAUUUCCAUGUGAUAGGAGAACUGAAGAUCUUUAUAAAACUGUCUGGAGUAUAUAAGGGAAUGGUGUGCUGGAAAACUCAAAAUAGUUUGUAUUUUCAGUAGUAGACUGGAAAUAGAGACAGAAUUACUGUAUGUAGGUAUACCUACUAGGAAAGUUUUUGUUUUUAGUACGAGGAAUUCACCCUCGUCCUCUUUGCCAGACCCGCUUCAAGCAGGUAGUGCGAGAGGAUUGUAAGCUGUAUUAUUUAAAUUAGGAAGGUUAGGUGUUGGGACGUUGUUCUUUCCCCACAUAGAGUAUUCGAAUUAGCCUUGAAAUAGCACAGGGUGAUGGAUCAGUUGUAACUGCAGUGCUUUGGUAGGUUUUGUAUAGUAAAUUAAGGGUGUAGACAGUGAGGUCCGAUCUUGUCCUAGAGUUUUGUUCGGUGGAAUAACGUAACAGGAAAGAAAAGGGCUGCCGUUCAACACCUCCACAUUAACCUGAAUAAGUAUUUUGUUUAUCUUUUCUUUCUCUGACUUGGAGGGGAACAUCUAUAGAAGUGUAUUUUGUUCUGUAUCUUCAGUACAACACAUCUUUGGUUGUUGUGUGUGGAAAGUUUCAGGACAUUUUAUAUGGAAUAUAAUUUAUCCAUUCCAUCACUGAUGCACAAUGCUGGAACAUUAACAGUGUUUAUGGAUUCAUAGGAUUAUAAUUAGGCCAAUCAUUUCAUAUCCUGUAGUAUUCCAUUUCUUCUUUACUGAAUUGGGCUGUUUUGCACAGUGAUAUCUCCGUUAGGCUGAACAAUUGGUGCAGAGCACUUCCGGGAAUGAGAUUUCUGGGUAACGAUACGACUCUCAAAGCCGGAAAAAAUCCCUCAUCCCCAGAAUAUUCUGGGUAAUGGAAAAAUGUUCUUGGAAGUUCCAUAAAUUGCACAUGACAUCAUCUAUUGAACCUGGAAAAAUAUCCCCCAUCACUGGAAUUUUCUGGGUACCGGUAGUACCGGAAAAAUUGUCUUGGAAAUUACGGAAAAUGCUCCCGAUUUUGAUCUCUCAAAACCGAAAAAAAAGCUCCCCCCCCCUUCCCUGGAAUUUUCCAGAAAAUCCUUCUCAAAGCCUCAAUUUUCCGGAAAAUUCUGGCUUUGGUAACGAUUUUCCGAGAAUAUUUCAAUUCCGGCUAUCGGAGAGUUCCGGUUAAGCGGGAUUCUGGCUAAUGGAGAUAUUACUGUACUGGUUUAUGGGAUCCAGGAUAACACCAGAGUUGCUUGGUAAGAGAGAGUAAGUAUUUGGUUCAGUACCCAUCUCCUGUGUUAAGUAGUUUGAGUAGUUCUCGCAUGGUAUAUUGUCUGCCUAGUCUUGUGUACCACUUAUUCCUGCUUUGGAACUGGCUCUUAUAACAAGUGCCUAUUGGCAGAGGGCAUAAGCCAAUUAUUAAGGAUUGACCCUGGAUUGUUUAAUUUUUUUACUGGAGCUCAUAAUUAAGUGCCUGGGUGGAUGGAGAUGGAGUAUUAGUCCGGGAAUCUUGGUGGAUGCAAGAUGACUGGAAAGGUGUAUUAGCUGGGAGGUCAUGUGUUCUAAUUAGGCUUGCUUCUAGAAGGCAACCUUUGCACCUAAUCUCCCUCACUUAAGAUCAAUGUAUGUGAUGGGUGAUCAGCCCCCAGUUGUCAAGGUAGUUAAAGCAGGCACAGUAACAAAACCUGCUGGGCUACAGGUUGUAUACAAAAAUUAAACUUCAGCAUUUAUUCCAGUCAUCUAAAUUUUCACAUAUUCAUGGGGAGUGUCAUUAAGCAUUAAAUGUCAUACGUAUAUACUGUAUAGAAAUUUUUUGUAUUAAGUAGAUAUAUUCUAAUGUUAUUUUAGAUUUCAGUUGUACAGUAAUUAUGUACUAUAAAUGGUUAUGAGCUGUUACAGGCUUUUUCCACUAAUAAAUUUCGUUAAUGUAUGCAGAUAUGAAAGUGUGAGUAAAGCAUUGGCCUUCAGGUGGAGUGUAUGUUAAAGUUUCAGAUAGUAUUAUAUAUAUACUGUAGUACAGUAUAACAUUGGUGAGAUAUUAUUAUAGAUUAUUAAAGUAAUUCUAUCUUUAACACAGUUC